GCUUGAUCCACCUCUUCACCAAAAUGAAUCAACAUCUUGUCUAUUUCUUGGUAACUUGGCACCCGAUUAGUGUUUGUUAUUAAGAACAAUUUGCUUGGCGUGAAAAUGUCGCACAUCAUGGAGUUGCUCCAGACUCCGCCGCCGUUUCGGCACGCGGCGUUUGCAAAGGAGCUUCUGGAACCUAUGGCGGCAGAAAUGAGCGACGUGAAUGGAGUGCUUACCGGCAAACGGGUAGGGAUAGAUGGCGACAUGUGGUUAAGGGAAAUUGUGCGACCUCAUGUGCGAGAUCUGGCUCUAGCGCAGCACCAGAACUCUGAGGAUGUGCAUCCGCUCUUGAAGAAGAUUUUUUCAUUAGUGGAAAAUUCGUUGCGAGCAGCUUUGGCAACCUGGUUUCCAGUCUUUGUGCUGCCGGCUCCCUGGUGGGGCGUGACGCGUUGCUAUCAGCAUAGAAUCCCAGCUGGGAGCGCCGCUUGCACAUUGCGCGGAGAGUGCUAUGGAACAAGCAGUGGCUUGUCGCCGGCAUCAGGAUCUCCUGGGAAGCGUUGUGCAAAUACUACGUCGUUUCGUGCCUUCAAAAUGUCGACUUGUUCCGAGGAAGAACGCACAUUGCUGAUGCUCGCGUGUAGGGCUGGAGGGGAUUCUGAUGACAUAGCGGAGGGUGCCUUCGCUGCUUGGGCAAGUGAGGCGGAAGCACAAAGCGAGAUGAGACUUCGGGAGGCGCGCAUCGCUCUAGAACGAGCGUUGGAUUCGCUUUAUUUUCGUAUGUAUUACGAACGAAAACGAAACUUUUACGAUUCGGCAAGCGCAAUGCGAUCCUCACCACGCAGCAAAAAACUUCGUGCAUACUUCGAUAACCGCACAAGGAGGUCUCCGGGUAUGACAGGUGGUUACCACGGUGCUGAUGUUCAAGGCUUCGUCAACAGAGCCAAGAGUGUUGAUAAGGACACAUCACAAGUAGAUGAGUGUGCUGCUUUCGGGACCAUGCAGCACCACUUUUCAAAUCCUGACAGCGUUCUUGCAGAUUUGCUCCCUCUCUUAGAUCAGAGGGAUAUGGCAGAGCGCCUGUAUGCACUGUUAGACCGUUUGCAGAUUCCGUGGCACUUUGCUCACGGUGGAGGUGGGGUCGACGCCCAACUCGCUUUCCUCUAUCGAACUGGCUGUGUUGAUGUUCUAGCCACUGAACGACCCGCAGAAGUUUUGAUGUGUGGCGUUUAUGACUUCAUUUUUUGCACCGGGGAGUGGGUACGGGAGCUUUCCUCGGGAGUUGGGAUGGCUCCUAGUAGUUUGGACAACCUUGCUAAGGAAGCUUCGCCUGCCCUAGUGGAGCACGGCGUACGCGACGGAAGUGCUGGAAUCGCAAGAAGACCCGUGUAUCUCACUUUUGCAACGGAGCCCGCUUUACAAAGUAAGCAUACGAGCUUUUCAUGGCGAGAGCGUGCGAGAGGGCACUCGGUGUAUGAAUUUCGGCGUUUGUUCGAGCCUUGGUCUGACUUUGUGCACGAGCCGAACCACGACUGGAAUGGACAGUUUCGUGGAGCUUCUUUCGACGUCUAUCUACCAUGGCUUCGAUGCGUCUAUCUUUUGUCUUCGAUCAGACCCUCCUCAUCGACGAGUUUUGGAAGCUCGGGCGUGGAAACGCAGAACGGCGAACAAGACACCACAGAUCAGGUGUCCAUAAAGAAGUCAAACGAAUUUCGGAGCUACAUUUCUGACGUCGCAUCCGCGGAACGAUUUUCACCGACAAAACGUGACGUUGAGUCGUUUAUUGCACGCGCUGACGGUACUUCCAGCUCUGGACCAGGGGCCGCUUUUUCUUGUAGAAGCACGGACGCCCGGGAGUACGUGCAUGCGGCCUUGGCCGUUGUAGCAUGUUCGCGAAAAGAGCGCGGGCAGAGACUGUGGGCGGGAGGAUUAUUUCAAGCGCUACGCAAUCCUUCAUUGCUUUGGAGUGAGAACUACGGAAAUUCCGGACGGUUUUUUGAGGGUCGUUCUCCUGGACGAGCAUCUAAAAUCUCGCGUCUGGGCGCUGUCGAUCGAACGCCGCUGAGAAAAUACUUAAAUUCGAGCAGCGUGCAGGUUGAUCCAAAACAACAACCAUUGCUGCCUCAUGGCACACCAUAUAUCACAACAGGCGGCCCAAAGGGUGAAGAUAGUACCAGAAUAACACACCAGCUGUACAAAACGGGAGAUACUACAGCAGCACAUCAUCUCGAUACCUUCGUCAGCGAGGCGAAGAGUCCUGUGUCAGAGAUGCUUCGACAGAGUAAGCUAACUCUCUCGCCAAAGCGACGGUCCAAGGGUGACACAAGUGUCGGGGCGCGAGAUGUACGUCCACCGAAACUUCUGUAUGCUCUGACAGCGAAAGACGGAGAGGCCAAAACUCCAUCUGGCUAUCUAGACGACAGCAGCCGCUUGCAGCGUAGGCCAAACGAAGAUACCACAGGAAAGUUGUUGAGUGCCGGCAGAGUGGAAAGUGCAGACAAGAAAGAUGGGGAUCAUGAAACACUCGGCCAGGAGGAAUAUCUCGAGAAAACUUGCUUUAUCAGAAGAGGAGAGUUUGGAUCCGGAACAGACAUGGUUUAUCAGGACAGGCCGCCGCCUUUAGAUGCGACGACAGCAAUCCGGCAAGAAAAUAUCGACAGACUAUCAUCAAUGUUAGGCAUCCGCAGUAUCUCCAUCGGCAGUUUUCCCAUUGGGGCGAUUAAAACAGACACAUUCACCUCAAACGUGUACAGCAGUGACAAUAGUACCAGAGCCGCGAUGAAUCUGCAGAGUGAUGACGAAAGAGAAUCCCGCGACUUCAGGCGGAGAUAUUUGUGCGCAGAGGCGGGGUUACUCUUCCAGCCAGUGCAUAGUUUUAAUACCUUGGGGCGUUACAAUUACGAUAGUGGUCAAAGCAGGGGCUCCCCUGCGCUUAAAGCAGCCGCGGCGCAAGGGGGAAGGUGGGGAAGGUACACUCUUGCACCACUGUCUGACUGUUUUUCAGACAACUGGCGAGAGCUAGUUUGGGGAACUUUUUUGGACGAAUGCAGACAAACACUUGAUCUUUGA